AUGCAGCUCACCUCAUCCCACCGUGGAGAGGAUUUCUGCGCCUUGCGCUUCGGCGAGAGGGAUCGCAACAUGCACGACGAUGUGAAGGCUGAGCUCAACGGUCUCGAUCAAGACAGCGACCACUUGGAGCGGGAUAGCAGCACCUUCAAGGCCGAACUCGUCACCCUCAAGGAGGAACGAGAUGACUCGAAGGCGGCGCGCGACCUGUCAGAGAGGGAGUUCAUAGAUUGGAUUGAUUUAUGCGCCGACCUAUGCCCCAUCGCGGCGCGUGCUGAUGACCUCAAACAAGAGAUCGACGGCCUUAAGCAAGAAAACACGCUCCUCGACGAACACAUCGCCGUCACCAAGUCCCAAUACGACGAGCUCAUGGACUUACUUCGGAUGACCGUACAACUAAUGGCAGAAAACGAGGCGAGGGAAGCGGGCGGUAGCUCGCUGCAUGACCCCGAGUGCCCAUCUUCCACUCCGAUGGCGCCUUCGCGUGAUGACGGCAGUAGCGCGAUGGACCAGUCUCCGGCAUCGCACUCGAGCAUCUCUCCAGCGGACCUUCAAGUUGGGAUCUGAAGCUCACUAGCGCGUGUCCGCCAUCAUCUAUGCGAUGGGGUUCUUUCGUGGCCUUCAGAC